AUGCUGGACGCCAUUUGCACCCUUCCGCUCGGCGCUGACCUCUUCACUCAAGCCAUUCACCCUAUUGAGCCUCUGGUCGCCGUCGGCCUCAGCAGUGGUCAUGUCGCAACGCUCAGACUUCCCCCGGUAGAACUGUCCUCCAACGCCAAUGGUGACAACUCAAGCAGCGACGAGGACAGCGAGCCAGCGCCAAAGCGCAGAAGAGGGAGCGAUGGUACCGGUGUAGUGGACACAGUAUGGCGCACGCGCAGACACCAGGGGAGCUGUCGCACUCUAAGCUACAGCAUCGAUGGACGGAGUCUAUACUCAGCCGGGACCGAUGGCAUCGUCAAGGCCGCGGAUGCGGAGACGGGUAAGGUUACAGGAAAAGUGGCCAUCCCUACCCUUCGUGCCGGAAGACACGAGGAAGAUCCGCCCACCGUGCUGCACGCCUUGAGCCCGCAGACACUUCUUCUCGCUACAGACUCAGGUGCUCUUCACCUGUACGACCUCCGGGAUCCUGCCCCGUCUGUCCCAGCUUCGGACAAGACCGCCUUCAUCAACACCAAACCAGCGCAAACGCACUAUCCUCACCAAGACUACAUCUCUUCUCUCACCCCUCUACCGCCGUCAAGCACGUCCACGAGCGGCUACAGCAAGCAAUGGCUAACGACCGGGGGCACAACACUAGCCCUCACAGACCUGAGGCGCGGCGUCCUGGUUAAAAGCGAGGAUCAAGAAGAACUGCUUCUCUCCUCUAUCUACGUCAGUGGUCUGCCGACGAAGCGGAGCUCUGGAGGAAGCGGGGAGAAAGCACUGAUUGGCGGGGCUGACGGUGUGCUUACACUGUGGGAGAAGGGCCAGUGGGACGAUCAGGACGAGCGAAUCACAGUUUCGAAGGAGAAAGAGACACUGGAUUGCCUGUCAGUCUUUCCGGAUGGUGUAGGUGGAAUUGGCAAGAAGGUUGCAGUAGGCCUGGGCGAUGGAAAAGUUCGAUUCGUACGUUUAGGGCAGAAUCAAGUGGUUGGCGAGGUCAUGCACGAUGAAGUCGAGGGAGUGGUAGGAUUAGGAUUCGACGUGGGUGGAAGGAUGAUCAGUGGUGGUGGGAGCACGGUCAAAGUAUGGCAAGAGCACGUUGAUGAUGAUGAGGAGGAGGGUGAAGAAGACGAGGUAGCGAACGCUGAAGUCGAAGGGGGAGUGGAGAAGCGCGCUACGGACAGCGACGAAAGUGACAGCGAUUCCGACGGUCAGGAAAGUAGUGAUGAGGAGGUCGAGAAGACGAGGAAGAGGCGUAAGAAGCGGAAACGGGGCAAAGGUCCAGCACCCUCGAGCUCGUUCAGCUUUGCUGGUUUGGACUAG